AUGGGUCACGUUCAGGAAGUGGGCUGGGUGACUGCCGGAUUGGUGAUCUGGGCUGGUACCUGCUACUACAUUUACAGAUUAACCAAGGGAAGAGCCAAGAGUGUGAGGAGACUUGCCAGCAAUGGGUCUAGAGUCAAGAUGGAGACUGUGGCUGGGGUACAGAACCAGACCUUGGAUGUGAAUGAAGCCAUGGAUGGGACAGAGAUUGAGGCUAGAACCAAGGCCAAGACUGGAUCAGAAACUGGAACAGGAGGUGGGGCUGGGGCUGAAGUAGAUAUCAAGGCUGCUGCUAGAGUCAUACCUCAAGCCAACUGUCAAGCCAAGGCAAUGGCUGGGACUGGGGAAGAGGCAGAAACCCAACCUGAGGUUAAAGCAGUGAUCAUGACAGAGGCAGUGACUUUAGGUGAGGCCAAAGUAAAAGCCAAGGAAGUGGCUGUGAAAGAGGCAGUGACCCAAACAGACUCUGAGGCUGAGAGAGUAGUCAAGAAAGAGGCAGUGACCCAGACCAAGGCUAAAGUUUGGGGAUUGGUUGCCAGGGAAGAGGCCAAGAAAGAAGCAAUGACCCAGACCAAAGUGGAAGCUCAUAUUUGGGCUGAAAAAGAGACAGACUUGAACAGAGUUCUGGUGACACAGAAUAAGGCCUUGGCAAUGACCAAGGAAGGGGCCAAUAUGAAUGCCAUAAAUAAGACUGGAAUUGUAGCUGAGAUCAAAGCAAGAGCCCUGGAAGAGACUGUGAAUGUGACCAAAUUUCAGUCUGAGGCCAGGCCUGGUACCACAGUUGAUGGUAAGGGAAAUCUUAAUGUCACGUCCAGGGCAGAAGCUGGAGUGGAUAUAACGUCUUAUGUACCAUCUCAGACUGUGGCCGAGAUCCAAGCUGAUGGCAUGCCUUGUUCUGGGGUUAAAGCCAAGGGAAAUCACAAAAUUAUGUCUUGGGCAGGGUCAGGGGCAGACAUGAGGGCUUCUGCCCAGUCUGAGAUUGUAACCAAGGUUCAGGCUGAGAUCAUGACUGGAAUGAGGGUUAAUACUGGGGUUAAUACCAAUGCCAUGUGUAAGGCAGGGCUGGGGAUAUAUGUGAGAGCUUCUAUACAACCUCAGACUGUGGCCAAGAAACAGGCUGAAGCAGUGUCUGGUGCCAGGGUUGAUGACAGGGGAAAUACCAAUGUCACAACUAGGGCAAUGACUGGAGUUGAUAUGAAGGCUGUUGCUCAGCCUGACACUAUGUCUGAUGCCAGGGUUAAGGGUAGAGGCAAUUCCAAUGCCAUGCCUAAAACAAGGGCCAAGGCAAACUUGAGGGUCAGUUCCCACAUUGAGGCCCUGCCUGAUUCUAGGCUUAAGACCAGAGGCAAUUCCAGUGCUAUUUCUAAGUUAGGGGCUGGGACAGACAUGUUAUCCUAUACACAGCCUCAACCUAUGACCACUGUCCAGGGUGAUGGUUUGCCUGAUGGUAAGAUUAAGGCUAAGCACAAUGCCAACAUCAUGUCUAAGGAAGGGGCUGGAACAGACACAAAGACAUGGUCUCAGGCUUCUGCCAUGAGCCAGGUCGAAGCUUUACUGAGUACUAGAACUAAGGCUAGGGGCAAAGCCAAAGGGAAGUGUAAAUCAGGGGCUGGGAUAGACAUGAAAAGCUGUGCACAGCCUCAGGGCAGCACCAAGACCCAAGAUGAUGUUUUUCCUGAUUCCAGGGUUGAUGACAGGGGAGCUCCUAAUGCCAUUUCUAGAGCAGGGGCUAAGGCAGAACUGAGGGCUUGUGGUCAGCCUCAGGCUAUUGACAAUGCCCAGGAUGAAGCCUUGUCUGGUAUUCAGAAUAAUGUCUGGGGCAACCCUAAUGCUGUGUCUCAAUUAGGGGCUGGGUCAGACACAAUGGGAUCUGUUUGGCCCCAGGCUGUGGCCAAUUCCCAGGGUGAGGCCUCACCUGGUGCCACUAAUAAGAUCAGGGGCAAUCCCAAUGCUGUGUCUAAGAAAGAGACUGAAGCAGAUACAACAGGUUCUGCACAGUCCCAGGAUGUGUCAAAUCCCCAAGACAAAGAUUUGCUUGGCGCCAGGAAUAAGAUCAGGGGCAGACUGAAUGCUGUGUCUAAGUCAGAGGCUGGACCAGAUACAGUAGGCUCUGCCCAGCCUCAGGCUGCAGCUAAUUCCCAGGAGGAGGCCUUGCCUGGGGCCAUGAGUAAGCUCCAGGGAAAUCCCAAUGCUGUGUCUAAGGCAGAGGCCAAGGUAGAUGCAACAAGCUCUGCACAGCUCCAGGUUGUGACUAAUUCCCGAGGUGAAUUCUUGCCUGGUGCAAAGAAUAAGGUCAAGGGAAAUGUCAAUGCUGUGUCUAAGAUAGGGCCUGGGAUAGGUACAAUGGGCUCUGCCCAGCUCCAAGCUGUGACCAGUUCACAGGAUGAGGCCCUGUGUGGUACUAAGAAUAAGGUCAGGGGCAAUCCUGAUGCUCUAUAUAAGGAAGGGACUGGGCCAGGUGUGGUGGGCUCUGCCCAGCUGCAGGCUAUGACAAAUUCUCAGGGUGAGGGCUUGCCUGGUGCUAAGGUUAAGGUGCAGGGCAAUCCCAAUGCUGUGUCUAAGGCAGAAACCAGGGAAGAUGCAACAGAUUCUGUCCAGCCUCAAGCUGUGGCCAUUUCUCAAGAUGUGGCUUUGCCUGGUGCCAAGAAUAAGGUCAGGAGCAAUCCUAAUACUAUGUCUAAGUUAGCAGCUGGAGAAGAUAUAACAGGUUCUACUCAGUCCCAGGCUGCAGACAAUUCCCACAGUGAGGCCUUUCUUGCUGCCAAGAGUAAGGUCAAGGGCAAGUCUAAUGAUGAGUCUAAGGUAGAGGCCAGGACAGAUACAAUGGACUUUAGCCAGCCUCAGUUCAUGGUCCCUUCCCAGAGUAAGACAUUACUUGGUGCAAAGGACAAAAUUAUAUCCAAAUCUAAGGCAGAAGUCAUACAGGAAGGUGCUGUCUAUGAAGAUCCCAAGCCUAAGGCCAUGCCCACUUCUGAGAGUGAGGGGUGGACAGGUACUCAGUUCUGUGGAAAGACACAGCCUAAGGUCCAUGACUAUUACUGGAAUGGAAUUGGUAUUGAAGAUUGGAUUACUUCUGAGCGAUGGAUCAAAUUUAGGUUUCAGGCCAGGGAUGGAUACUGGGAGAAUAGUAUGUCCUGGGCUGAUGAAGAGAAUGAAGCCAGUAUUGAGUCCUGGAGUGGGGCUAGUGAUAAAGCUGGUAUUAGGUCCUGGGCUGGGGCUUGUGAUGAGGCCAGCAUUAAGCCCUGGCCUGGGGCUAAGAUUGAGAAUGAGGCUGGUAUUGGAUCCUGUGAUGGAUCUGGGGACCAGGCCAGUGGGGAUCUCUGGGCUGGGAACGAAGCCUUUGGAAGGUCCUGGACUGGGGCUGAGAACCAGGUCAGUGGGGGGUCUUGGGUUGGCAUGGGGAACCAGGCUGCUGGGGAACCCUGGACUGGAGGUCAGGUCAGUGAGGGUUCCUGGGUUGGGGGCCAGGACAUUGGGGUGUCUUGGGCUAGGGAAGAAGUCAUUGGAGGGUCCUGGCCUGAGGCUCAAGAGCAGACCAAUGUAAGGUCCCAGGAUGGGGGUGGGGUUCAGGCAAACGGAGGACCCUGGACUGAGGCUAGGGUCAGAAAUGUGGCUAGUAUUGAGUACUGGGCUGGGGCUGUGGACCAGACUAGUGGAGGUUCCUGGUUUGGGACUAGCAAUACAGCUGGUGGUGGAUUCAAGCCUAGAUUUGAUAAUCAGGCCAGUGAAAAUGUAUCCUGGGCUGGGGCUGGUAGUCAGGGCAAUGGAAGGCCUAGGUUGGGGUCUGAGAACCAGUCCAGUGGAAGGUCCUGUGCUGACACUGCAGACCAAGCCAGUGGAGUGUCCAGGCUGGGGCCUAUGGACCAAUCCAGUGGUGCAUCCUGGGCUAGGGCUGGGGAACAGGCCAGUGGAAGGUCUUGGGUUGGGGAAGGGGGUCAGGCAGGUAGCUGUUCCAAACUUGGAUUUGAGGAUCAGGCCAAUGAAGGAGGCUCCUGGGCUGGCACUGGGAAUCAAGCUGGUGAAAAAUCCUGGGCUGGGUCUAGUCUGGGGCCUGAGAAUCAGACAAGUGGAGGGUCCUGGACUAGGGCUGGGGACAAAGCCAGUGGAAAUUCUCAGGUCAGUGUUGGGGUGGAAGCCAGUGAAAGAUACUGGUUGGGGGCUGAGAAUGAGGCUAGUAGUACAGGGUCCUGGUUCUUGAGAGGGGAAGAGACUUGUAUUAUGUCCAGGCCUGGAGGUAAAAAUGAACCCACUAUUGAAUCCAGAUCAGGGGAUGGGGAAGAGGCCAUCAUUAGUGCCAGAUUUGGGGUUGAGGACAAGGCCAGUAUUGCAGCCUGGAUCACGUCUGAAGAAGAGGCCUUUCUGGAUUCCUAUGUGGGGUCUGAGGCUGGAGCUGAGGCCAGGAAAGAGUCUUGGCUCUGGGAUGAAGAUGCAACCACUACAGGGUCUAGGCUUGGCGUAGGGGAAGAGCCUGGCAUGAGGUUGUGGACUUCGGCUAAUGAUAUAGAUGAGGAUGAGCUAAGUAGAGCGUCCAGCCCUGAUAUUGAGGAAAUCAGUUUAAGGUCCUUGUUUUGGGCUGAGAGUGAGAACAAUGAUGAGUAUAGACCCAAGGGUAAGAAAAAUGUCAGUUUUGAGUGUGGGGCUGGAGAUAAGGCCAGCUCCAAGGAUAAUCUUGAGGCUGUUGGUGGAAGCAAUGUAAUGUCUCGGUUCAGGGAUGGUAAUGAAAACAGAAGUGAAGACAUAUCUGCACCUAAGACUAAAGCCAAGAAAUCAUCUGAGUCUAGAGGUACAUAUCCGUCCAUGGUUCCUGGGGCAGGAAUGGGGUCAUGGGCGGGAACCAUGAUCUGGACAGAAAUGAAGUUUCCAUACCCAAAUGAGUCUUGCUUACCACCUGAAGAUGAGCUCAGAAAGCAGAUCAGUUCCCAGGAGAAAGCUCAGCCCGGGGCCUGCCGCUGUAAACACAAAGCUAAUAUGGAUCCACGAGAGCUUGAAAAACUCAUUUGCAUGAUUGAGAUGACUGAAGAUCCUUCUAUUCAUGAAAUAGCCAAUAAUGCUCUAUAUAACAGUCCUGAUUAUCCAUUUUCCCAUGAAAUCAUUCGUAAUGCAGGUAGAAUCUCAAUUAUUGAAAGCUUGCUCAAUAAUCCCCAUCCCAGUGUUAGACAGAAGGCUUUAAAUGCACUAAAUAACAUCUCAGUAGCGGCUGAAAAGCAUAGAAAGGUUAAAACAUACUUAAACCAAGUAUGUGAAGAUACCAUCACCUAUCCCUUGAAUUCAAAUGUGCAGCUGGCUGGACUAAGAUUAAUAAAACACCUGACUAUUAUUAGUGAAUAUCAGCAUAUGGUUACAAAUUAUAUUUCAGAGUUUCUUCGUUUGUUAACUGUAGGAAGUGGAGAAACUAAAGACCAUAUUUUGGGAAUGCUUUUGAAUUUCUCUAAAAAUCCAUCUAUGACAAAAGAUUUGCUCAUAGCCAAUGCACCAGCAUCAUUGAUUAAUAUUUUUAGCAAGAAAGAGACAAAAGAGAAUAUUCUUAAUGCUCUUUCAUUAUUUGAAAAUAUAAAUUACCAUUUUAAAAGAAAAGCAAGAGUCUUUACCCAGGACAAAUUCAGUAAAAAUUCUCUUUAUUUCAUAUUCCAGCGACCUAAAGCAUGUGCCAAGAAACUUCGGGUGUUAGCAGCAGAAUACAAUGACACUGAGGUGAAAGAAAGAGUUGAGCUAUUACUAAGUAAACUCUGA